AUGGCGACCAUCAAGAUUGUCAAAGAAGCCAUUGCGGCUCUCAAAGACCGUUCGGGAUCAUCUGUUAUUGCCAUCAACAAGUGGAUCGAAUCUGAAAAGAAGCAACCUAUCAAGAAACAUGUCAUGAAAGCCGCCCUUAAGAAGGGCGUUGAGGAUGGAACACUCGUUCAAGUCAAAGCCUCGUACAAACUCAGCGCUGACGCCAAAAAGGCGGCACCAAAGCCCAAGAAAGCACCGGCGAAAAAGGCCGAGAAAGAAAAGAAAACCGCAAAAACUACGGCCAAGAAAUCUACAGCGAAAAAGACAACUGCCAAAAAGAAGACCACCGCCAAGAAGGAGAAACCUUCUCCAAAGAAGAAAACCACUGCAAAGAAGGCAAAGCCUGCGCCCAAAAAAGCUGCCGCAUCCAAAGCUAAGCCUGCGCCCAAGAAGAAGGCUACAACAACCAAGAAGAAGGCCACCACCAAAAAGUCUUCCAAGAAAAAACAGUAA